UUUCUCUUCCCCUCUCGAUCGAUCGAUCCAUCGAUCUCUAGAAACCCUAGCCCCGACUCCGAUCCUCUCUGCCCCAAUGCUCCGCCAGCCAGCCAAAGGCUCAGCCCCUCCGCUGCCGCAGCCCAAGUGUGCUGUUCCCAAGAAACGCGGCAGCUAUAACUGUGGCCGCUGUGGGCUUCCCAAAAAGGGCCAUGUAUGCUCCUCCGAUGCACCGCCCCCGAGAUCGGAUUCUCGCUUACGGCGUGCUUUAUCCUAUGAUGAUCUGCCGGAGGAGGUCGCGGAGACGGUGGGCGUGAAAGGGGAGGAGGUGGAGGAGGAGGAUGAGUGGGGAAUGCUGGUGCCGUUGCCUGGGAGAUGUUUGGUUGAGGUGUUGCGGAGGCUACCGCUCAAGGAACUCAUAGGGGCGUCGGCUGUGUGCCGGGGAUGGAAGGAGUGCGUCCGCAGGGUUUGGCGCUCAGCGGAGGAGCUUAGGCUUAGGGUUUCUCCCCGAUCACAGAUCGGAUUUGUUGGAUCGUUGCUUCCUAAGUGCUCUGGUCUCACAAAACUCGUCCUUACAUUGGAAAGUGAUGUUGAUGCAACACUUUUAGCCUGCGUUGCAUUUUCAUGCCCCAAUUUAGAAGCUUUUGAGAUCAGCACUGCUGGCACUGCGGCUAAUUGGAUGACUGGGGAUGAGUUAGGUCGAUUUGUUGCUGAUAAACGCUGCCUUACAAGUCUAAAAGUUGAAGGUUGCACCAAUCUUGGCUCUCUCAAUCUUUCCUCUUCAAGCUUGUCUAUCCUUUGGCUUUCAGAUUUAUAUUGCAUGUCAAAGAUGGUCAUAAACUGUCCUAUUUUGAAAGAGCUGUCACUUGAUUUUACCCGGCAGGAAAAUGAUUCUACAGAUUUUAUUUCCAUGAUGGAUUCUCUUGGAAGAACCUGCCCAAGGUUAAGAAACUUGCAUGUUGCAUCAAUUAAACUAUCUAAUGAAGCUGUGCUUGCACUAACAAGUGUUGAUCUGAGGGGUUUGCGUAUGCUCUCACUGGUUCUUGGUUCAAAAAUCACGGAUUCAUCUGUUGCGGCAAUUGUUUCUUGUUAUGCUAACAUCGAGAUGCUUGAUCUGAGUGGAUCCAGCAUCAGUGACAAUGGCAUUGGAAUGAUAUGCAAUGCAUUUCCGCAGACUCUGUCUAGGCUCCUCCUCGCUCUAUGCCCUAAUAUUACCUCAAGUGGAAUCCAAUUUGCCACAGCCCAAUUGCCAUACCUUCAGCUUAUUGACUGUGGAAUGAGCUUAUGUGAUUUUAGUUCUCGAAAUGAUGAUCUUGAAGACAUCACUGAAAUUGAAGAAAAUCAGUGGGGCCAGAAGUCCAAUUCGAGGACCCAUCCUAUUUAUCAGAAACUAAUCAUUAAACAUGGCCGGUUGAAGAAACUUAGUUUAUGGGGUUGUUCGGGUUUAGAUGCCCUUUAUCUCAACUGCCCAGAACUAAAUGAUCUGAAUCUAAAUUCCUGCACAAACUUACAUCCAGAGAGGUUGUUGCUUCAGUGCCCUAAUUUGGAGAAUAUUCACGCUUCAGGCUGUCAAGAUUCAUUGAUUGAAGCCAUUGAAGAUCAGGUUUUCAAUAAAUUAAACACAAAGGAAAACCAACUCCCUUCCAAAAGGCUGGCUGAUGGAUCCAAGAGGGUUCAGGCACCCAAAUUCAUUCAACAACAGCCUUCUGAUGACAGCAAGCAAAAGAGACCCAGGCUAACUCAAUGCAGUUUACAUCUCGAUAGAUAAAAAAACCAACCUCUCUAUACACCGAAGAUCUCGUUUGUUUUAUGUAACAAACCCUUCAAAUUGUCAGCAAGUAACAAUGUCCAUUACCUUGUGCCUGAUAUCCUGAUACUAUAAACUGUGUUAUUCUGAUUGUCAAUGUUGAGACAUGAGAUGUAGCAAGUAGCAAAGGGUUUUGUUCACCCUCUCCCCCUGUUAUAUUACUAAUCUUUCUCCUUUGAACAUGAAAAAAAGAAUACAUCAAGAUGGUUGCAAGGGGAUAGAUAAUAAAUUGCUACU